GGGCGUCAGCUACUUCCGCCCGGAGUGGACAGCGACCUGGAGAUGUGAGGGGGCUUGAGAACCCCAUUCCUUCCCUGCUCCCCGGAAGAGGACCCCCCCCCCUCCCUCCGCCCGGGUCCACUUAGACGGGGUUGCAGGGGAAGCAAGCUUGUGGGCGUUUAAGACCCCGGCUUGAGGUUGGUGUGGGAGGCGGGACUCUCGGACCAGGCCCGUGGAGCCGGCCGCCGGGAGCUUGAGGAAGGAGGGAAGAGAAGGAGCAGGCCCCACCGCUGACCCCGGCCCCGGCGCGCCUUCCGCGGGCUCCGGGCCGCGAUGGAGUUCGCGGAGCUGAUCAAGACUCCGCGAGUGGACAAUGUGGUGCUGCACCGGCCCUUCUACGCGGCUGUGGAAGGCACUCUGUGCCUCACCGGCCAUCACCUGAUCCUGUCCUCCCGGCAGGAUAACACCGAGGAGCUGUGGCUGCUCCAUUCCAACAUCGACUCCAUCGAGAAGCGGUUCGUGGGAUCAUUGGGUACCAUAAUCAUAAAAUGCAAAGAUCUGCGGAUUAUUCAGUUGGACAUUCCUGGAAUGGAAGAAUGUUUGAAUAUUGCAAGUUCCAUUGAGGCUUUGUCAACCUUGGACUCUAUCACUCUGAUGUAUCCUUUCUUUUACCGACCCAUGUUUGAAGUAGUAGAAGAUGGCUGGCAUACGUUUCUUCCUGAGAGAGAAUUUGAGCUCUUCUCCUCAGUUACCAAUGAAUGGAGGCUGAGCUAUGUCAAUAAGGAUUUUUCUGUCUGCCCCUCUUACCCUCCAAUCGUUACUGUGCCCAACUGCAUUGAUGAUGAGGCCCUUAGGAAAGUGGCUACAUUUCGUCAUGGUGGGCGCUUCCCAGUACUUAGCUAUUACCAUAGAAAAAAUGGAAUGGUAAUGAUCCGGAGUAGUCAGCCACUCACAGGCACCAAUGGGAGACGGUGCAAAGAAGAUGAAAAACUUAUAAAUGCUACCCUUCGUGCAGGAAAACGAGGCUACGUUAUUGACACUCGAUCUCUAAAUGUGGCUCAACAAGCUAGAGCUAAAGGGGGUGGUUUUGAGCAGGAGGCUCAUUAUCCUCAGUGGAGACGAAUUCACAAGUCCAUUGAGAGGUAUCAUAUUCUUCAGGAGAGCUUGAUAAAACUUGUAGAAGCCUGUAAUGACCAAUCACAUAACAUGGACCGGUGGCUUAGCAAAUUAGAGGCUUCUAAUUGGUUGACUCACAUCAAAGAGAUUCUAACCACUGCCUGCCUGGCCGCCCAGUGUAUUGACAGGGAAGGAGCAUCGGUAUUGAUUCAUGGAACAGAGGGAACUGAUUCUACACUUCAGGUUACCUCCCUGGCCCAGAUCAUCUUAGAACCAAGAUGUAGGACCAUCCGUGGUUUUGAGGCUCUUGUAGAGAGAGAGUGGCUACAGGCAGGCCACCCCUUCCAGCAGCGCUGUGCACAGUCGGCCUACUCCAACAGUAAGCAGAAGUGGGAAGCACCUGUAUUUUUUCUUUUCUUAGACUGCGUGUGGCAAAUCCUGCGCCAGUUCCCUUGCUCCUUUGAAUUUAACGAACAAUUCCUCAUCUUGCUCUUCGAGCACUCUUACGCCUCACAGUUUGGGACGUUUUUGGGCAACAGUGAAAGUGAAAGGUGUAAAUUGAAACUACAGCAGAAAACCAUGUCCCUGUGGUCCUGGGUCAACAGACCCAGUGAACUGAGCAAGUUCAUUAAUCCUCUUUUUGAAGCCAAUAGCCUUGUCAUCUGGCCUUCAGUUGCUCCACAGAGUCUUCAGUUAUGGGAAGGUGUAUUCCUACGAUGGAACAGAUCCUCUAAGUAUCUGGAUGAAGCCUAUGAAGAAAUGAUUAAUAUCAUUGAAUAUAACAAGGAAUUACAGGCAAAAGUAAAUACACUUAGAAGGCAGUUGGCAGAGCUGGAAACAGAAGAUGGGAUGCAAGAAAGCCCCUAAGAUAUUCCCUUAUGGCCCUACAGUUGGAGGCAUUUCCAUAUCUUUCCUUCCCUUUAGUCUCUUUCUCCUGUUUUCCUAUGGUUCAUCUUUACACUGAAGCUUGGAAUAUGCUGAAAUGGUGGGACUGAUCUGAUGUAAUAGAUUUCUCAACGCUUCACUGAUGAAAUCUACAGCUGUUAUUUACCUUAAAUAAGGCCUCUUAGACUGUUUCACUUUGAGGAAAAGAAGAGGGUGAUAGUCAUUUUAGUUGGCAUUAAAGUGGUGGCAUGUUUGAUGCCAUUCAUAUUACAGACAACUUACACUUAAGUGUAAACUUAAGCUUAUCCUUUUUAAUUUAAAUCUUCUGUGGACGGCAGCUGUGAACAAAGAUAAAAGUCCAUCUAAUUAAAAGAUUAUCUGGCUUUGGGUUUUUUGUCUUGGGUUUUUGGCGUUGGUAGCAGACAUCCAUAUGCUUCCAGUGCAAAAACGUGGGCUUUUAAACCUGAAUGGCAAAUCAAGGCAUUUUUUUUUAUUUAAUGCAUCUUUUCAAAUGAUGACUUUUGCUUAAUAAAAUGGGUUUGCACCUUCUUUUUGGCAUAAUUCGGACUGACAAGCUAAAUUUAUUCUACAUUUGGUUUAUCAAGAAAAGAAAAAAAUAAAUACAGUAAUAUCUUUUCAUUGUUAGAGGACAGUUGCCUUUGAAAGAGAAGCCAGAUAGUCUGAUGAAAUUUUUCUUAAGAAUUAAGUUUAUUGAAGAACGAACACUAAAUCAGAGUUGGAAGAAUGUGCAAUAUUGACAUUGAGGUUUUUUUGUUUGUUUAUUUUAAGUUUCUUGGCCAUAGACGUGAACAUAACAUAUGAGGGCCAGAAAGAAAAAAUAUCAUUUGGAAGAGGUCAUAAUUUACAUUGUAAAAAAAUGGUUACCUUUAACCAGAGAUGCACUGCUCUUGUCUGAUGUUCUCAUUGCACUGGUUUUUGCCUUUUUUUUUUUUUUAAAGAAUAAGACUUGACUAAUACUGAAGUUACAACUUUUAUGUGAUUUUUUUUUUUUUUAUCACAGUGCAUUUUUGUAUUGACUGUGCUAACUUGUCCAUGUUCUAUGUUAGGCAAAUGUGACUUAAGGGAGAACAAACUGUUAUUGUGAUGCAGUACCACAUUUUAAAUUUCAGAAACUUAGUAGAUUAAAAGACUUUCAAAUGUUACACAGAAGCAUGACUUAUUUAUUCUGGUUUCAGUUUUUUCUUCUGGUCAGCUCUAGAAAAUUUGUUGCCAAGUUUUUUCCAUGUUAAUUUUGUUUAGCAAAACUAUUGGUACUUAUUACUUUUCAGAGGACACUGUGAAAGAUUAGGCUUUAAUACGAACUCAUUAUAACACCUUUACCUAUAAUCAUUUUAGUGUAGAGUACUGAAAUAUAAUCCAGAUUUAGUGCUACUGUAUGACAAACUUUUUGCUCUGUUCUUAAAUGUAAAUGUGUGACCACAGUAGCCCUAGAAACUGGCAAAUACAUGCUGCUUCUCUCCACCCCAUCCAGAAAUGUGAUCCUACCACUUUAAAAGUUUCUACUCUUUUCAUUCCUUCGCCUGGCUGGUUAGUGGUAAUUUGAAAAUCUGUCUUUAGUGAGAAGUCCCUUGUAGAUAUUUUAGAAUUGCUGGCUUCUCUGGCUAUAGCUGUGAACCUUGGGGCAUAAUAGGCCUCAUUAAAAGACUAAGGCAAGAAAGAGAAUUGAGAUCUGUGCAUAAAUAGACUACAGUUACUUAUAUACAUAUAUAUAUGUAUAUAUAUAUGUAUAUAUGUAUGUAUGUAUUUAAAAUUUAGAAGGCAGAGACAGGAGGAAAACUUUUUGUGAGUCCUGAGAAUGAGCUGCUACUUUCCAAAAACGUCUAAACCUAGCUUUCUCUUUCUUUCAGAGUUGAAGACUUUUCACCUCCAAUUCACUUAGGAUGAGUAAGGGAGAGCAUCAGAAGCUUUCUUAGUGACUCCUUAAAAAUGGUUAACACAACAUGUGGUCCACAUAGGCAGGUAUAGGGGCUGUGCGUUACUAGGUCCUAGUGAUAAGGGCAUGGCAUAUCAUCAUCCCUGGUGAGCAAGUAUAAUGAAUGUCUGAGCCAGAGUUCUAUAAUAGUAAGGGACAUAAAAUUGCUCCCUCUUUCUCUUCCUGAAAAAGGUGCUAGCACAUGAGGAUUGUUAAGCUAGAAUGUGAUUUGUGCAUUGUAGUACACAUUUGUGGAUAGAAAUCUCAAAAUCUAAGAGCCAUUUAGAGCAAGUUAGAACCAACUGAAGUGUCCUCUGGCUAUGUGAAAAAAUACUAUAAAAUAAUAAAUUACCUCUGACUUGAUUAAAAAGAACAAGCAAAAGGGUUGAACCUGUUAGAAUGUGCUUGUGAGAUAUUAGUGUUUUUUAAGACUCUUCAGAUAAAAGCCUUAGACUUGGGGGAAUUGUACUUAAUGAGGUCUCCUAUUUCUCAUCUAGGCUGAUAAUCACAUGAGGUGUUUCAUGUGUAGUGGACACUUUCAUUAGUCUGUAUGGAAGAUGCUGGUUUAUAUUUUUAGUUGUAUUUAAAAGCGUGUGAAAGGGAAAUAAAAAGCAAAUGUGUAAUCAUUACCUUCCAGUAAUACACAAAAAGAAUCCUUUAACCUAAGCUUAGGGUAGUUACUUAUCCCUUUCCUUGACCUGAAUAGUUUCUACUUAAAAUCACUAUUCCCCAGUUAGUCAGCUCUCCAAAUCCUGAAUUUUUUUUUUAUCAAUUUGUUGUGAUUUUCUGAGAGAACUUCUCUAUUACAUUACUGAGUCCAUUAUUGUCAUUUGUAAUUAGCAGAUAAUUAUAUAGAUUUGGAAAAUGUUGUGUUGACUAAAAUAGAACUAAAAUUUUUUUCAAGGCAAAAGCCAUCUUAUAUAAUAUUUGCGUGUCAUAAUGAGCUUUUUGCCUUCACAGAAUACAUACAUUCGAGGCAGUCAUGCAGAAACUGUAAGCUUUGUCACCUAAAUAAAAAUCAAGUAACUUCUAAAUUCAGUUCAUUCUUAAGUUUUAAAAGUAAUUGAGAUGAAGUGUUUGUUCAUAAACUCACAUUGGAGAGAUUUCGUUUAUAACAUCUUUGUACUCUGAGAUUUGGAUUAAUGAGACUAUAUGGGUCUCAAGUGACUUUAUGUGAUGAAAUGUGGUGGAAUUUGAAAGUCUGUUGACUUCUUUUGUAUAAGUAAAGAGUAAAUGUCUCUAUUUUGUCACAUAAAUGCCCAGGAAACCAGUUAAGGAAGAGUUGAAUAGUCCAUUUAAUCACCCGAAAUGAAAACUUUUCAGUUUUACUGAAUGGAUGCUACAAGAAAGCAAAAUGCUUAUUCCUUAUCUAGCAAACUGGAUUCAUUCUCACUCUCUUUUCUGGACCAAAAGCGAACUUGUUUGUUGUUGAAAUAGCUUGUCCCUUGCUCUGGCAACAUGACCCGUGUGACAAAUAGCUGGCUUUUCAAGAUAUUUUCUUGGUCAUGUUUUUAUGUAAUUCUCCAUCUUAUCAAAUAUCAAAUAGUGGGAAGACUGGUUUUACCCUCAAUAUAACUGAACUAAUAAAAAACUGGUAUUCUUGGUCUAUCAUUUUUUUCUUGCUUCAUAAAAAACUCUUUCCACUACUGUUCUCAUCAGUAAGGCCUUGCAGUCUUCAUAAAAUAUACACCAACCCACUUUAAAUGGGUAACCCAAAAGUAGAUUUUUGAAACAUUUCAGAUUCUUGAGCUCUAUACUCAUUACUAUAAGUUCUAUUUAGGAAACAGAACCAUCCCUCCCUCAGAAAACUUAACAUUUAUGAAAUGUCCAGUUUCUUUUUCUCUAUGUGAAGGAAAAAGGUAUUCACUACAAAUUCUUUACUAUCCUGAGAAGUGAUUUCUGAUGGGCUUUUAGAGUGAACAAAAGUCUUUUGUGUUUGACUCUUUGCAAAUCCAAAAAGUGCUGAAACAACCCAAUUCCUAGGUGCUGUGGGGCCUGAGUCUGUCUAGCCAUAACGACACUUGCUUCUGGUUCAAGCUGUAUGCAUCCUGGGAGAGUUAUUGCUCAACACAAGUACGUGCUAGACCUCAUUGCUUAGAAUCCUUGUACAUCUAAUGCCAUUUAUAAUAAAAAUGUACUUGCACAAUUUAGUUUAAAUGUAUUUCCUCAUUAGCCAGGUAUUUGGAUUGUACUCUUGAUAUAUUUGAAUAUGACUCUUGGGUUCAAGUGCACUAUUACUAUCCAUGUCCCAUAAAAUAAAGUCGCACCAUAUAACACACUGGUGUCUAAUGUAUCUUUGCUAAUCCUUAGAGUGCUAUUAAUGCACAGGUUCCUCUACAGAACAUCUGUCUUUUACUGUUGGGGAAAAAUACUUUUGUAAAUCUGUAACAUUUUAAUAUUCUUUGUAAUGUUCAAGUCAUAGGCAUUAAAUAAUGCAAAACUACAUGGUAGAUGUAUUUCCAUCCUAAAUCAUCUUGAGUCAACUGUUUUGUCAAGUGUGGUUUUAUUGACUUGAAAAAAAAUUGUGUCAUCUCAAGUGUUUGUGUUGGUGCCUUGUUUUGUGUAUGGUGUUUUUCUUCUGCUGCAAAGGAGAGCUACACCAAGUCUAGUGUUAAGUUUCUCUAGAUAACUAUUAAUAAAAUUCAAAUCUGAUCAGAUGCUGAAAAAUUAAACUGCCAUCUGACUUUAGUUUUUUUCAAAAAUCUAUAAAGAAGCUGGUAGAAAAUAUUUGAAUUAAAAUCUGCCUAUGUUUAAA